AUGGCCAAAAGGUACAGUCUUGAGGAGACCCUGGAUUUCAUACUGGAUCAAAGUGACAGUGAAGAAGGCCCAGAGAACACUGAACCAGAUAGUCCUGAGGACUUUACUACUGACACAGAAGAUGAAAAUGAGUUUGAACAGGAUUACCAGGAAUCUGAAGAGAAGGAUUAUGCCGUGUUUAUUUCAUCUUCAAGAGGGAUCAAGAAAGCGUUUCACAAGCUGGCCCUUAAACACCAUCCUGAUAGGAACCAAAGCCCAAAUGCACAGCAGGCAUUCACACACAUUGCUCAGGCCUAUGAGGUGCUGUCUGACAGAGAGAAAAGACAAAUCUAUGAUCAAAUGGACCAUCUAACUAACCUUGAUCAGGACAGAAAAAAAAAGUUCAAGAAAGAUGAAAAUGAGGACAUGGACAGCAAUCUCUUUGUCGAUAAAGGUACAUUUCAUGGUAAAAUGGGUUUCCAGCAUUUUAGUUUAGAGGAGCUGCUUUAUACGUUGCAGAUGGAUGAUGACGUCUUUAUGAGUGAACAAGCUGGCUAUGAAGAAUGGAGUUUUAUUUUUGGGCCUGAUGAUAAUGAUGAAACAGUCCUCCUCUGUGAUCUUUUCAACAUGCUUUGA